AUGGAUAGGCUUCUAAAACUACCUCAACAUCCUCAAGCACUUCAGACAGCUGAGGACUCGUUACAUCUAGUUGAAGCCUUAAGCAAGGUCAUUACUGAACUUCCACCUGACCAUGCUAAGAGGGCUUUGGAGGCCUUGUGCUUGCCCCUCAUUACUCCUUUACAGGAAGUUGUCAGCCAAGGCCCAGACACAUUAAAUAGCAAGCCUGCUCGUGAUUUAACAGUUCACAUUGAUCGAUUUGGGUAUAUCUUUAGUCAGAUGUGCUAA